UGUGACGCGGCCUCCGGCUGACUGACUGUCAAGAAAAAAGACUCGCAUCUCUCUUCCUGGAUGAAAUGUCUCCGUUGCAGAAAGGCUGAUGAAUCCCUGAAACCAAUAUCCAACAGGGAUGGUGCACCUGAACCAGUCUGAAUUACUUGACACUGCUCACAGACUGGGAGGCAGGAGAUGAGACACUGCAGCCCUCAACCACAUCAUGAGUAUCCAGAGUCUGGGAGGAGCUAUAGGGGAUUCCCUGGGCUCUAGCCUGACGGUGCGUGUGAGUGGAGCAGGUGGUGGGUGGAGUGCUCUCUCCCUGAAGCCUGUUUCCUCCGGGCGGAUUGCCUCACUGUUCCAAACCAUGGUUCCAACUGGUUAUACCAAGCUGCAGGAGGAGCGGUUAGCCAUGGUGGACCUCGGAGCUAAACCUGAGGCCAGCUUGCUCCAGAAUGGCUACAGACAGGAGUCAUCACACAUAGAAGGCCGACGGCUCCUGGACCGGGCGUCUCGGUCCUCUGUGACUUUAUCUGACUGUGGAGAUGGAGGCUACUCUGAAACAGAGCCCAUGCUGGCUGAGAGGAGGCUGUCUGGGGAGGAGGCAGAUGAGGAGGAAGAGGAGGAUGAGGAGGAAGGGCUGGGAUCAGCUGUGCAGAAUAUGCCCAAAGAGUCGCCGCUGGCCAUGGCGUUGCAGAUUUUGCUCCCCUUCCUGUUAGCUGGAUUUGGAACUGUAUCAGCUGGAAUGGUGCUGGAUAUUGUUCAGCACUGGGAGGCGUUCCAGUACAUCACAGAGAUCUUCAUCCUGGUACCUGCUCUCCUUGGCCUCAAGGGAAACCUGGAGAUGACUCUGGCCUCAAGGCUGUCCACAGCGGUGAAUGUGGGCAAGAUGGAUUCUCCCAUAGAGAAGUGGAAUCUAAUCAUAGGCAACCUGGCUCUGAAGCAGGUUCAGGCCACUGUGGUGGGUUUCCUGGCUGCUGUAGCAGCCGUGGUUCUCGGUUGGAUCCCAGAGGGGAAGUUCCAGAUGAGUCACGCUGUGCUGCUGUGCUCCAGCAGCGUGGCCACAGCCUUCAUAGCCUCCCUGCUGCAGGGUAUCAUCAUGGUUGGUGUAAUUGUGGGUUCAAAAAAGACCGGCAUCAACCCAGACAAUGUAGCCACACCCAUUGCCGCCAGUUUUGGUGACCUCAUUACCCUGGCGAUCCUGGCCUGGAUAAGCCAGGGCCUCUACAAGUGCCUGGAUACCUACCCGUAUGUGUCAUCACUGGUUUGCACCUUCUUCAUGUGUCUAACUCCCCUGUGGAUCAUCAUCUCCUCCAAGCACCCGGCCAGCCGUACUCUGCUCUACUCUGGAUGGGAGCCAGUCAUCACUGCCAUGGUCAUCAGCAGCAUCGGAGGGCUGAUCCUUGACAAAACAGUGUCUGACCCAAAUCUUGCCGGCAUCGUAGUGUACACCCCGGUUAUCAACGGAAUCGGGGGUAACCUGGUGGCUAUUCAGGCCAGCAGGAUCUCCACUCACCUGCAUUUCCACUGUGCUCCUGGAGAGGUUCCUGAUGAUGCAAAGGGCUGCUACUACCCUUGCCGCACCUUCUGUGGUACAGGAGCCAACCAUCGCUCUGCUCAGGUGCUUCUCCUUUUGGUCAUCCCUGGUCACCUAAUAUUCCUCUACACCAUUCACCUGAUGAAGAGCGGACACACCACCCUGACCCCCAUCUUUAUGUCUGUCUAUCUGGCUGCUGCUAUGCUGCAGGUGUUGCUGUUGUUGUGUAUAGCAGACUGGAUGGUGCACUCCAUGUGGCGGAGCGGCAAAGAUCCAGACAGUUUCUCUAUCCCUUACCUGACAGCUCUGGGUGACCUGUUGGGCACCGCCCUGCUGGCGCUCAGCUUCCACUUCCUGUGGGUCAUAGGAGACCAGGACAGUGAUGUGGGCGACUGAUUGGGCCUUGGACAAUAAGGCAUCGUGGUGGCGGGAACCCUGCCUCUGCCAUCUGACCUCUCACAUCCUUAAGGCUUGUGGGAACGUGGGUGCUCUCUGUCGCUGACCAGCCCAUUCCUCUGCCUCACUUCACUUAAACCACACAAUGGUUUAGAAACUAUUUCCUGCUCCUGGCUUUUUUGUUUUUUGUCUACAUGCUAAAGAUAUUAUAUUCCAUAAAUCAAGACUGAUCUGCAUAGUUUGCACCAAAGCACUUACAUAUUAUAUUGCUGGUCUUGUUAAGAGAAACAGGAAAACACCAGCCACCACCCACAGCACUGAGGAAACCUUGCUGCUGUUGGCAAGGUGGUUUACCCUGCCAGCCAAGCAUCAGUCGAAGGUCUUCUACUUUAAAAAAAAAUCUCUUUUACUGGUUCAUAUUUUGGGGAUUUACCACCCGCCGUGUCACAAACAUUGUUACCUGCCUUGUGUAUUACUGCUUUGCAACAUCAAGCCAAAGGAGAGAUACAGAGACAGCUGGGGUAGAGGCAAGACAAGGAAGUUUAUCAGAGAUCAGCUCAUGAACAAACACUUUGAACCGCUAUGUUAGCAGGUGUACCAGCACCAGGGUUAGAAGGGAACAACAUGAAGUUGUAUCAAUGAUAGAAAUGGAUUUCUUCCUGUGUUGACAUGUUUUUAUGUUAUGUGUUUUCCCAGUGUCCAAACUCAGCCAUCCAUACGGUACAGUUAUUAUAUUGCUUUGUCAGUAUUUUGAUUUAUCCCACAUUGUUCUCUGCAAGGUUGAGUUUGGAACAUUGGGCCUCAUUCACCACGAAAUUUCUUCUUAAAACCUACUUACAUAGUAGUAGGUAAGGUUAGGUUUGGUAAGAACAGAAUCUAUGCACACUCAUAGUUGUAUAAUAUUUUAGGAUUUAAAUAAUAGUAUCUUUUUAUCAUUUAUAAAAUUUGAUAUUUAUUUGCAUUACUUUAUAAAAAGGAUUAUGUUCUUAUAAAUAAACUACACUGACAUUUCAACUCACAUCAGUUAUGUAUCAUGCCAUCUAAUAAUUGGUGAUUGAUAACUUAGAAAAUAUCACUGGUGGGUCGAGGCGGGACAAAAAGAGACAUGCCAAGUAAGUUAUUAGUAACUUAUAAAAGCAUUGCGUAAAAUAGUCGGUCUUCAACUUUUUUCUCCCUCACUCUGUCUCUCAAACACACACGCACACACACACACACCUACACCUUAGAAAGCACUAGUGUACUCAUCUCUAUCCAGGGUUAGACCAGACCAGCAUUGCAUCAUUGCCAAGGCCACACCCUCUUCUGGGGGGAAAGAAAUGUGCUGUCACAUCAGUAGAGAAAACAGGAAAAUGCUGAAAAAGCUGUUGUGCAGCUUAAUUAAGGCAUUCAAACUGAGAUCUGAGGCACACAAGAUACAUUAAUAUUCACUGUUAGUGUGGCUAAAUGAUGCUGGUAAUAGGUACUAUGGAUGAAUACCUAAUGUUAGCUGGGAGGCUGCUGCAGUACUGUCACACAGUACAGAAGCAUCACACUGACAACUGCAACUACAUUUAUUAACAGGUUGGCUAUUUACAGACAGCACUUCCCCUAACAGUACCUGGUGAUUCAAUCGAAUAAACUUUUUGAGCGAAUCACCAGGUAGCGUGAUCCGGACACACGUGUAAACUUGUAUAUCUAUACCUGUGCAGAUGUUCAGAUAAGCAAUAUCCACCCACUGUGUUGGGUCAUUGAUGUACUUGAAGAGGGGAAAGACUGAGUGGACACAGCACAAGGUCACAAAACAAUUAUCAGAUGUGUCCAUAAAACAAACUACAAACUUUUCAAAUUCUAAUCCAAACACAUGUCAAAUUGCAUUGAUAUCUAUAGAAUCUUUGGUUUUCUACUCCCUAAAACGGGGCAUGGCCUUGACAUUUUGCAAAGCAACCGUAUGUGCCAGCCUGGUAUAUUGGCUAACAAGGAAGUAAAGUCAGCAAGCGCAGUUUGCUUAUUUGCAAAUGUCUGUGAAGUGUGUUUAAUAAUAUAUGACCGCAACGCUAUAUAGGCCUCCACAUUUAAAUAAAGUCAUGGAAACAGGGUGAAAUAUUAUGGCAACGUUUUGAAAGUUCAUUGUUAAAAAUGUGUGGGAAUCCUGAAUACAUACAUUUGGCACUUUGCAGGUGGGGUCAGGUUGGGGUGGUUGAUUAUGUUGUAUUUUUAACAACCCGUGCAUAUUUUUUGUGUGGAUAUUAUUUAUAUCCACUACUGACACUACUAAAUAUGACAGUUCAUUUGAGCCCUGUUUCCACCAAGCAGUCCAGUAUGGUUCGAUUCAGUUCAGUAUGCAUUUUUUCCAUUACCGACA